AUGGAUCUUUAUUUCUCUCGUAGGCGUUUCUUCCAGACUAGCUUCCACGCUCCUGCAAGCAAGACAGAAAGUGGUGAACGCGGCCGACUUAAGGAGGUCUACCGCGUGUCUACAACAGUCCGCAAAAACUCGAUCUUUCCUGACGUGACGACGAUCGAAUUCGUCGGAGCGGAGGACGAGGAGAAGCAUUAUGUUGUUGCGACUAUUGAAUGGAAGUGGCCUUCGCAGGCUUCGAGCGUCAUUGAGAUUGAUGACAAGCGAAUGACGCUGAAGGAGUUCAUGAAAAGAGAGGAUGGACUGUUCAGCACUGGCACGCAUGUAAUGGUUGACGAGGAUCGCUACACAUGGAGGUCCUCUGUUUGCCGCCCUGCCGCAUUGUAUGAUACACAGGGCCGCACGGCAGCUAUAUUCUCGCCACGCUCUUUCGGCCUUCGACCCGUCUCUCGCAUCUGCACCGUUCAGCCAGCUUGCCUGCAUCUCCUCUCGGGCCUCGCCACCGACGCAUAUGCGCGGGACAUUACCGUGGCGUCGUUCUUUGUCUAUCGCGCAUGCAGAGACUUGCAGAUAAUUCUCACUCCAUGGUGGAGAGAGAAGCAAGCAGACUUUACUGGUAUCGAACUACAAGCAUAA